GGACGCACGGACGGACAGGCAGACACAGACAGACAGACGGACGGACGGACGGACGGACGGACAGACGGCCAUAAAUAGCGGCCCCGCGUGGGGAGCCGGCAGAGCCGCCCCCGCCCGGCCCCAGGAUGGUCCCGGCGCUGCUGCUGCUGCUGCUCGGCUGGCCCGGCUGCUGGGGCCAGCAGAGGAGGAUCGAUCCCAGCCGGCCCUUCCCCAGCGCCGCCGCCCGCAGGGAGCCCGCCUUGAGCCGCGGCAUUCCCGGGAAUGCGCUGGGAGCAGGAGGAGGAGAAGUUGGGCCAGAAAUGCUGCAAGAAAUGAGGGAAACCAACCGGGUGCUGCUGGAAGUUCGGGAUUUGUUGAAGCAGCAGAUCAAGGAGAUCACGUUCCUGAAGAACACGGUCAUGGAGUGCGACGCCUGCGGCAUGCGGCCGGAGGUGACGGGCCCCGUGGUCACCGUGACCCAGUUCAAGCGCUGCGUGCCCAACCCGUGCUUCCCGGGCGUGCCCUGCACCGAGAGCGGCACCGGCUUCCGCUGCGGGCCCUGCCCGGCGGGCUACAGCGGCAACGGCACCCACUGCUCCGACAUCAACGAGUGCAAUGCCAACCCCUGCUUCCCGAAAGUGCAGUGCAUUAACACCAGCCCCGGCUUCCGCUGCGACCCCUGCCCGCCCGGCUUCACGGGGCAGCUGCUGGAGGGGGUGGGACUGGCCUUUGCCAGGGCCAACAAGCAGGUGUGCACCGACAUCAACGAGUGUGAGACUGGAGCUGCCACGAAUUGUGUCCCCAACUCCAUCUGCAUCAACACUCGGGGAUCCUACAAGUGCGGGGCGUGCAAGCCGGGCUUUGUGGGGGAUCAGACCAGCGGCUGCCGCAGCCCGACGGUGCCCGGGGCCCGGCGCUGCCCCAACGGCGAGAUCAGCCCGUGCCACGAGAAAGCCGAGUGCAUCGUGGAGAGGGACGGCUCGCUGUCCUGCCAGUGCCUCGUGGGCUGGGCAGGGAACGGCUACGUGUGCGGCAAGGACACGGACAUCGACGGCGUCCCCGACGAGAAGCAGCGCUGCUCCGACAAGAAUUGCCGCAAGGACAACUGCGUGACCGUGCCCAACUCGGGCCAGGAGGACGCGGACCGGGACGGCAUCGGCGACGCCUGCGACGACGACGCGGACGGGGACGGGAUCCCCAACGCCGAGGACAACUGUGUGUACACCAGGAACGCGGACCAGCGCAACGCCGACAAGGACAACUUUGGGGACGCGUGUGACAACUGCCGGCAGGUGAAGAACAACGACCAGAGGGACAUCGACGGCGACGGCAAAGGCGACGAGUGCGACGAGGACAUGGAUGGGGACGGGAUCAGGAACACCAUGGACAACUGCAGGAGAGUGCCCAACCCUGACCAGAGGGAUGGGGACGGGGACGGCGUGGGGGACGCCUGUGACAGCUGCCCCACGCUCAGCAACCCCGACCAGAAAGACACUGACCACGAUCUGGUGGGAGAUGUCUGUGACACCAAUCAGGACAGCGACGGCGACGGGCACCAGGACUCGCGGGACAACUGCCCCACGGUGCCCAACAGCUCCCAGGUGGACACGGACGGCGACGGGCUGGGGGACGAGUGUGACGAGGAUGAUGAUGAUGAUGGCAUCCCCGACUUCAGACCCCCCGGCCCCGACAACUGCAGGCUGGUGCCCAACCCCGGCCAGGAGGACUCGGAUGGGGACGGCGUGGGGAACCUGUGUGAGGAUGACUUCGACAGGGACAUGGUGAUCGACAGGAUCGACGUGUGCCCCGAGAACGCCGAGGUGACGCUCACCGACUUCAGGGCCUUCCAGACCGUGGUGCUGGACCCCGAGGGGGACGCUCAGAUUGACCCCAACUGGAUCGUCCUCAACCAGGGCAUGGAGAUUGUCCAGACCAUGAACAGCGACCCUGGCCUGGCUGUAGGGUACACAGCCUUUAAUGGGGUGGACUUCGAGGGCACCUUCCACGUCAACACAGCCACGGACGACGACUACGCCGGGUUCAUCUUUGGCUACCAGGACAGCUCCAGCUUCUACGUGGUGAUGUGGAAGCAGAUGGAGCAGACCUACUGGCAGGCCAACCCCUUCCGGGCAGUGGCAGAGCCUGGCAUUCAGCUGAAGGCAGUGAAAUCCAAAACGGGCCCUGGGGAGUACCUGCGGAAUUCCCUGUGGCACACGGGAGACACCACGGACCAGGUGAAGCUGCUCUGGAAGGACCCCAGGAACUCGGGCUGGAAGGACAAGACCUCGUACCGCUGGUUCCUGCAGCACCGGCCCCAGGUCGGCUACAUCAGGGCUCGGUUCUACGAGGGCCCCGAGGUCGUGGCAGACACCGGCGUGGUCCUGGACACCACCAUGAGAGGGGGACGCCUCGGGGUCUUCUGCUUCUCCCAGGAGAACAUCAUCUGGUCCAACCUCCGCUACCGCUGCAACGACACCAUCCCAGAGGACUACGAGACGUUCCGGUUCCAGCAGGACUGAUCCCCGCGGCGCCUCCGCCCCAGCCCGUGCCCAGCGCCCGCUCCCGCUCCGGA